AUGACACAGAUGAAAGACACUUGGAUCCCUCAGGCCUUCGACAAUAGUAACAACGUGUAUACGGCCUACACCCAUCUCUGCGACGCAUACGAGAACAUGGGUGGGAAGUUGGGCGACAACUCAGCAUUGGAACCUGGCGUGAUGUCGUUAAUCCAGUAUUUCAUCGGUGCUCUGGCCGGUUUGGCCUACCUUUCUGGUGGCUGCAUUCCAAAACCCAAGCAGACAAAGAUUAAUGUGUACCGCACCAAGCACCACCUUCAACAUGUCAAGAUGCUUGCGAAUCUCAUGAUUUUUGGUCCAACUGCAGCCUUCACUGCUUAUUGCACCGGGCCUCACGUUACUCUUUCGAAUGCUCUUUCUUUGUUGGAGGUUGGUGCUAGUCUGCUCAAACAAAAAGUUGAUCACGGAAUCACGGCCCCGAUGCCUCACGCAAUUUUGGACAACCUUUGGCUUUAUUUCUUGAAAUUUCUCAUCAAGAUGGGUUUCACAAAUCUCAACGACGAAGGGGUCCCACAGGUGAAUUGGAAGGACGUGCACCAGGCGUUCUACCAUGAGUUUGCAACACAUGUGAUAACACACAUGUUUGCACAAGACAUAGAAAUUGCUUUGGCUGAGAAGGGUUUUGGAGUUGAUUAA